AUGGCUCCAAAGCGUCGGCUGCACUUGGACAGUGAUGAAAGUGAUGUCUCGGAAGUAGAAGAAAAGAUCGAAUCACCUCAAACUACUCGCUCGACCCGGUCUCGUCGCAAUGUCAGUUAUGUAGAUCACCUCGACGAGACAGGUGAGAACGGCGUUCAAAGUCCCAAGAAAGAAAGCGAUGGUGAGGAAUACAAUGAAGACGACCAAAAGUUUCCUGUCAAACUUCAGGUGGGUAGAACGCGACUUCAAAGACUAAAGCAACAAGACGAAGAUGAUGAGUACCAUGUGAGUUCUUCGGAAACUGAGCUCUCCGCGGUAGAAUCUGAAGAGUUCACUCAAUCAGACGAUGGCUUCGUUGUUGAUUCUGAUGAUAAUGUGGUUCGGAGACGAAGAACGAGGUAUAGUCAACGCAGAAGAGGCCGUCCUAGGAAACGCCAACGCCAACAAUGGAGGCCUACACAGCGCUCACUAAGACGUGCCCGUGGAUCAGAUUCAGAAGAUGAUAAUGAUUUCGGAAUGAGCAUUCAAGACGAACUAGACGAGCUGAGAUCUCCAUCGCCCGUUCAUCGUGAAUUAAGAGAACGUCAGCCUAUCAAUUACGAAAUUCGCCCACCACCGACGCUUGACGAUAUCGUCAAAUCUCAGCAACGCACAGAGAAAUCGGCUGGCGGUAAGAGUGCUUCGAAAGGUCCUAUCAGACGCCUAUUCAAUGUCCAAGGGCCAUUUGGUGGUGCCGACGUGCUUUCACUAAUCAACCCGAAAAAGGACUAUCUCCAAAAUAUUAUAGACGAGCCCGCCGCAGUGGACCAAUCUGUUACUGCCGAUGUCAUUGGUGUGAAUGGGCCCAUGGUCAAUGCCGAUGCUGAUCCUCUGGGAAUUGACACUAAUAUUGACUUUACAGCAGUAGGUGGUCUGGAUGAUUACAUCGACAAACUCAAAGAAAUGGUCUCGCUACCAUUGAUGUAUCCCGACAUUUAUAAAAGGUUCGGUAUCACACCCCCGCGUGGAGUCCUCUUCCAUGGUCCUCCUGGUACUGGUAAGACCUUAAUGGCCCGAGCUCUGGCCGCCAGUGCUAGCCAUGAAGGUAAAAAAAUCACAUUUUUCAUGCGCAAAGGUGCAGACUGCUUAUCGAAGUGGAUUGGUGAGGCUGAACGCCAGUUAAGGCUUCUAUUUGAAGAAGCAAAAGCAAAGCAGCCGAGUAUCAUUUUCUUUGAUGAAAUUGAUGGCCUGGCUCCAGUUCGCUCGUCAAAGCAGGAGCAAAUUCAUGCGUCGAUUGUCUCGACGUUGCUUGCAUUGAUGGAUGGUAUGGACAACCGUGGCCAAGUCGUUGUUAUUGGCGCUACAAAUAGACCCGAUAGCGUCGACCCUGCUCUCCGGCGACCUGGUCGUUUCGAUCGUGAAUUUUACUUCCCGCUCCCCAAUUUAGAAGCCAGAAGACAGAUUCUUAAAAUUCACACUCGCAAAUGGACCCCGCCUCUCAAGUCUGAAUUCGUGAACCAUGUGGCUGAAUUAACUAAAGGCUAUGGGGGUGCCGACCUGAGAGCUCUUUGCACUGAAGCUGCUCUUGCAGCAAUCCAAAGACGAUAUCCUCAAAUUUGGAUGUCUAAGCGAAAGCUCGUUGUUGAUCCGGAAUCUGUGGUCGUGGAGCCACGAGACUUUCUGAAAUCACUUGAGCGCAUAGUUGCAUCUUCUGCUAGGCAGACCGGUAAUAUAGCCGCACCUCUGCCGCCUCGUAUCUCACAUUUACUUGGCAGUACAAUGGACGGCAUCAAGCAGAAGCUGGACCUGCUAUUGCCCAAACCCAAGAAUAUGACUGCUCUGGAGGCAGCGAUGUUUGAUGAUAGCUAUAUCAGCGGUGGCUUCGAUCGCCAGCAACAGCUGGAAGAGCUUCGGGCGGCUCGUGUACACCGACCCAGACUACUUAUACAUGGCUCGUCUGGCUCUGGUCAGGAGUAUUUGAUGUCUGCUAUUUCGCAUGCCAUGGAAGGUGUUUUUAGCCAGGUGUUGGACUUUGCUGCAUUAUUUGGCGACUCGAUGCGUACGCCCGAAGCAUCUCUGGUCCAUAUGCUAAGCGAGGCUAGGCGUCGUAGCCCCGCUAUGCUGUUGAUCCCUUCUAUUGAACUUCUUUUAUCUUUAACGAGCCCUCAGCUCCAGGCCACUUUGUUCAGUAUUUUGCGCGAAAUUCUUCCCACUGAUAAGGUGUUGGUUGUCGGCAUUGCUAAUGAACCGAUUUCCGACCUGGACCCCCGUGUUGUUCAAUUUUUCGGGGUCGCUAGUACCUCCCAUGCUACAAUUUCCCUCGACCGCUCUACGAAAGCCAUCCAUAACUUCUUUGGCCUUUUGCGUGGCUACAUUGAAAGCUCUCCCAUCGAGACAUUGGAACUCGAAAACUGCCCUAAAAGAGCACUCGAACCGUUACCGAUUGCUCCUACAGAGAAAGAACACGUUUCCGAGCAGGAGAGUAAAGAAACAGAACCCACCGACACUUUGAGCAAAAAGGACUUGAAGACGCUCAGCCAACUCAAAGUCAAGCUAGGUGCAAUUUUGGAUGGCUUUAAAAACCGCUAUAGGCGGUUCCGCAAGCCCGUCAUCGAUGAUAUUUAUUUGGCGCACUUAUUUGAAGAACCAGACCCAACGAGUGAACGUGACUAUAUCUUGACUGAUGAUGACAUGGUCCUCCACGUCAGUAUGGGAAAAAAGUAUCACAAUAUGGAUCUGGAUACAGUCGAAGACCGAUUAUGGAACGGUUAUUAUUGCGAGCCGCGACAGUUUUUGGAUGAUCUUGAACUAAUUCAUAUAGACUCGGUCACAGCAGACGACCGUGAUCGAGCCCACAAAUCAUCCGAGAUGGUUGCGAAUGCUCAAGUCGCUAUUGACGAUAUCAAUGACGUUGCGUUCUUGCAAGCCUGCCGCGAUCUACGUCAAAAAAUGGCUCGAAGACAGCUGAAGGCAUUAGCUGAAACCUCCUCGUUGAACGGAAGCAUUGAGACUACCCAACCCGUCGAAAUAGGGGCCGAAAGGAUUGCAAAUUCGACGAAUGAAAAUGAGACCAACAGUAUGCAUGACGACCCUGAUAGGAUGGUCGAGGACGCGCCUCAGGCGUAUGAUCAACCGCUCAAUCCUGCACGACCUCUUGAGGAUGCGAGCGAAGCAGAGGCAUCUGAGCUUGUCGAGGCUGAGGUUGUGAAUACUGCGGUUGUCCAGCCUGGGGUUGUUGAGACUGAGGCCGUAGAGGCUGAGGUUGUUGAAUCUAAGGCUGUUGAACCUAAGGCUGUCGAGGCGUCUGAGGCGGACGAAACAUCAAAUCAUGUCGACACGGCACAGGGAGCUCCGAAUGAAUCAGUUUCUGUUGAGAAGCCAAACGCUGAACCAGAAAUGUUCGUUGUGGAUGGCCCAACCUUAACAACACCUUUUGAGCGCCGACCAUUUGAGCUGAAUACCGAUCGGCUGUCGCAUUUUUUCGAAGACCUGUGUUCUUGUGCACAGUCUUGGAAUCUUGAGCAGCUUGAAAGCGUCUUUGCAGCUCUCGCAGACGUCGCCUGGCGUCACCAUGCUGAGUGGAACAGGGAUAAUAUGCUCAACGAACUAGAGUCUCAACUCAAUUUAACAAAAGGUCUUUACUUGCCGUAA